AGCCCCAUGAUGAUGACUCUUUCUUGCCUCUGCCACCAGCAACAUGAAGCUGCACUACAAGAGGGAGAAGCCACUCCAGCCCGUGGUAUGGUCACAGUACCCCCAGCCCAAGCUGCUGGAGCACAGGCCCACACAGCUGCUGACACUCACACCUUGGUUGGCGCCCAUCGUCUCCGAGGGAACCUUCAACCCAGAGCUUUUGCAGCACAUCUACCAGCCACUGAACCUGACCAUUGGGGUCACAGUGUUUGCCGUGGGGAAGUACACUCACUUCAUCCAGUCCUUCCUGGAGUCAGCCGAGGAGUUCUUCAUGCGUGGGUACCGCGUCCACUACUACAUCUUCACUGACAACCCUGCAGCCGUUCCCGGGGUCCCGCUGGGUCCCCACCGGCUCCUCAGCACCAUCCCCAUCCAGGGUCACUCCCACUGGGAGGAGACAUCCAUGCGCCGGAUGGAGACCAUCAGCCAGCACAUUGCUAAGAGGGCUCACCAGGAGGUGGACUACCUCUUCUGCCUUGAUGUGGACAUGGUGUUUCGGAACCCGGGGGGCCCUGAGACCUUGGGAGACCUGGUGGCUGCCAUUCACCCAAGCUACUACGCCGUUCCCCGCCAGCAGUUCCCGUAUGAGCGCAGGCGUGUUUCCACUGCCUUUGUGGCAGACAGCGAAGGGGACUUCUAUUAUGGUGGGGCAGUCUUCGGGGGGCAGGUGGCCAGGGUAUAUGAGUUUACCAGGGGCUGCCACAUGGCCAUCCUGGCGGACAAGGCCAAUGGCAUCAUGGCAGCCUGGCGGGAGGAAAGCCACCUGAACCGUCGCUUCAUCUCAAACAAGCCGUCCAAGGUGCUGUCCCCCGAGUACAUCUGGGACGACAGGAAGCCCCAGCCACCCAGCUGAAGCUGAUCCGCUUUUCUACACUGGACAAGGAUAUCAGCUGCCUGAGGAGCUGACCACGGAGCUGGGGGCUGCCAUGGAUGGGGACCCAAAGACCUGCAGCCACCAGUGCUUCACUAGCGUGCAGACCAGCCCUGUCCCGCCUCCCUCUGUCAGUCAGGCGAAUUCAACCGGAAAAGGGACGUGGAAAGGCCACUGUGAACUGCAGAGGGCUGUGCACACAGUAGCACACAAGAUCUCACAGUAAUGCGGCAUAGGAACGGUGAGACAGGGGGAGGGGAGGCGCAGUUACAAAGGCAGGGCCCGGCAGGCUUGCCACAUUCUGCAGCCGUGCCUUUGCGGGGCAGGCUCUGAAGCCUCAGCCCGACUCAGAGUGCCUGAGCCCUGCCGCGCCAGUCCCCCGUUUAUUACAUAUUGCCCUUAAUGUAGCAUUUCUAAUACCCUAGUGUGAA